AUGGGAGCCAAACAAUCAUCAUCCAUUCUUCCUAUCUCUACCUCAAUGAUUGCCGUAGAAAAAUCAACAAACCAAACAAGAAAGAAAGCAACACCGAUGACUCACCAAGAUCCUCAUCAACAUCAUAAGAAGUAUCAAUCCUCAACAACAUCUCAAUCAAAUCCUCAUCAUGAACAACAAUUUGUUUCCAAAUUAACCAGCUCUCCCAAUAGAAACUCACAACAAGUGAUUGAUAGCUUUAAUUCCAUUCCAACUCAUCUCUCCUCCAGCUCUCGCAGUGAAGACGUCUAUUGUAAUUCGAGUAAUUGCUCCACCUUAAUGGAAGAAGAUGAAAUUCAGAGUUGCAAUUCAGUCAAUUCCUCAUUGACCAGUUCUCUAGAUGAAAGUUGUGUCAGUUCAAGUGUUUGCACAAAUGAUGUGAUUAGCAUUUCAGCAAACUUUCUCAAAUAUCGACCACAAUCCAACCUGCAUCAUUCUCACCAAUCCAAUUCUCGUCCUUCCCAAUACAAGAAAACUCACGAAACUAAUCAAUCCUACCCAGUCAUUCUCCCUUCCCAUGAAACCUCAAAGAAACAAGCUUUUGAAAACAACACCUCUUCCUUCCCUCAUAAAUCCUUUGAUCAUCAUGCUCAAUUGAGAAGAAUUCAAUCAGAGAGAUGUGAUCCCUUAUUAAAUCCUCACGAGAAUACCCUGCCAGAAUCUGCUCAAUAUUCCUUCAUCUCUCUCCAACAACAACAAUAA